AGUUCACUGGCUGGUAGUGUGGGAGCAAGGUGGAAAAGAAGACACACUCCCUAUAUGAACCGCGGCCCUCCAAAUCAGAUGCAGGAGACUAACAUAGAACUGUGUGCAUGCCUGCUAUAGGACUUCUACACGGCCCUGGGACUACGGGGAUGGGGGAGUGAGAGUGAGCCCGUCUCGGGGUGGGGGCGAGGGGCGUCUUCGUGCCUCGGGUAGUAGGCCAAACCCAACAAACUGCAAAAUGCGACUGGGAAGCAAGAGCUGGGGGCCAAAGGAAAGCCCAGACAUUCGGACGAAGGCCAAGGCUGCGACCGAUCUUGGGGUGGAAAAAGCUCUCCUGAGCGCAUCAAGAAUCAGCACGCUACCGAAGCGCCACCGCACAGAGACGCCAGCACAGUGACUUCCUCCUCCCCCCGGUCCGCGCUCCCCGCGGAAGCUCAGCUCCAGCCUGAGCGCCGGAGAACCGGGCUUCUUCUCUACGUCCCCGGGGGCUCCGGACUCUGACCCACAACAUGAUCCUCGCCCCUCCGAUUCCAAAUCGCUGGCCACCCGCUACGUGACAUGACGUCAACACGCCGUUCCAGUUCCGUCUCCGCCCUGCAGCUCGGCGCCAAGCUUUGCCAUCAUCGCCACGCGCCGUCUUCUCCCUAUUGCGCAUCAUUGCCAAGCGUCCCCGUUACGCCAUCAGUAGGCGCCUUCCCGCCCCCUUAGGGUUCAAUCUCCUGGCGCGCGAGGUCCUGCUUUAUUUUUCUUCCGCGAGUGGAGUUUCCUCUGCUCCCUGCAGACAUGUUUCCAGGCGUCUCCUCUCCGUGGACCCCCGGGCCGGGGACCCGCCGGGGUCCGCUAGUCGGAAUCGGGCCGGCGUCCACGCCUAGAGCGAGCCGAAGGGGUCUGUCUCUGGGGUCUGCAGUUAGCUCGCCGGUGCUCUUCUCGCCCGUAGGCCGGCGCAGCUCAGUGAGCUCUAGAGGAACACCGACACGGAUGCUCCCUCACCAUUCCAUAUCAGAGUCUGUGAACUACGAUGUGAGAAUGUUUGGCUCGUCUCUCCCUGUUAAGAUCAUGGAAGCUCUGACUCUGGCUGAGGCCAACGAUCAGCUCUCUAUCCACAUAGACGAAGGUGGGUGGGCUUGCUUGGUGUGCAAAGAGAAACUCCUUGUUUGGAAGAUUGCUGUGUCACCUGUCACUAAGUUGUCUGUCUGCAAAGAACUCCAGCUGCCCCCUAGUGAUUUCCCCUGGAGUGCUGACCUGGUGGCACUCUCUUAUGCUGUAACCUCAGGUGAAGUACAUUCUGUUCAGGCUGUUGCUGUCAUGGUUGCUACCAAAGAGGGGUCCAUCCGCUAUUGGCCCAGCCUCGCCAGGGAAGACACCUACUCAGAGACGUGUGUGGACCUGGGAGGAGAGAAGAUGUGCAAGUUCCUGACGGCAGUGCAGGGAGGAAGUUUCAUCCUGUCCUCUGUGGGGAGCCAGCUGAUCAGAUUGAUUCCCGAAAGCUCAGGAAAGAUUCACCAGCACGUGCUUCCCCAGGGCCAAGGCAUGCUCUCAGGGAUUGGCCGGAGGGUUUCCUCCCUUUUCGGGAUUCUGUCUCCCGCUAGUGACCUCAUGCUGGCCAGUGUUCUCUGGGACAGCGCAAGAUCCAGUUUCUACACCCUGACGAGUUCAAACAUCAGUAAAUGGGAACUGGAUGAUUCUUCAGAGAAGCUGGCUCACAGCUGGGACGUGCACAGAACCCUGAAGGAAAGCAUUACUGAUGCUAUUUGGGGAUCCGAAAGCAACUACGAAGCCAUUAAAGAAGGGGUCCACAUUCAGUAUUUGGACUUGAAGCAAAACUGUGAUGGACUCCUGGUUUUGGCAGCAGCAUGGCACCUGGGAGACAGUCCCUGUCUCGUUUAUUACUCUCUGAUAACGGUGGAAGACAGCGGUAACCAAAUGUCAGAUACGAUUACUGUAGAAGUUACUCAGUACAACCCACCUUUCCAGUCUGAAGACCUGAUUCCAUGUCGAUUGAUGGUGCCGAACUUUUCAAGCCAGAUGACCUAUCUUUAUAUGGAGAAUGCUGUCUUUGUGUGCUCCACAGGAACUGGGAAGUUUUCUCUUCCUCAGGAGAAAAUUGUCUUUGAUGCACAAGGAGAUGGCAUUCUGGGCGCCGGCUCCUGUGGAGGUGUUCCGAUCUUUUUUUCUAGGAACAGUGGUCUGGUGUCUGUCACUCCAAGGGAAAAUGUGUCCCUAUUAGCAGAGGACCUGGAAGAGUCUUUGGCCUCUUCAGUUGGUGGGCAGGGCAAUGAGAGUAUGGUUUUUGAGACCACAACAAAAAAUGAAACUGUAGCCCAUGAAGAUAAGACAAAACUACUUAAGGCUGCAUUCCUACAGUACUGCAGGAAAGACUUGGGCCGUGCUCAGAUGAUGGCGGAUGAGUUCUUUUCCUCUCACACUGACUUGAAUUCGGACGCUGAGUUAGACAAGGCUGUGACUCAGAUCAGCAUGGACCUGGUGGACGACUACCCAGCCUCAGACCCGCGGUGGGCGGAGUCAGUCCCCCAAGAGGCCCCUGGACUGAGCAACACAUCACUGAUCAUUCUGCACCAGCUGGAGGACAAGAUGAAAGCCCACUGUCUCUUAGUGGACUUCCUUCACCAAGUCGGCUUGUUUAGACGUCUCAGCUCUUACCCAAUCAGAGGGACACCCAUGACAACCCGCCUGCUGCUCUGUGAACAUGCAGAAAAGCUGUCAGCUGCGAUCACACUCAAAAACCACCACUCUCGGCUGCCUGAGCUGGUGAACGCAGCUAUCCUGCUUGCCCUGCACAAGAGGGAGUGUGAGGUCCCUUCCAGCCUGACUCCUGCAGACGUCUUCUUCCGAGAGGUGUCCCAGGUGGACACUAUCUGCGAGUGUCUGCUGGAGCAUGAGGAACAAGUCCUGCGUGAUGUCGCGUUGGACUCUCAGGAGUGGGCAGAGGUGGCGAUCCACGUGAAUACAGUCCUCAAGGACAUGCUGCAGGCUGCCACUCACUACCGACUAAACAGAAGCUCCAUGUACAGUCGGGAAGAACCGCUGGGGGAGGAACCGGAGUAUGUGCCGUGGACAGCUACAAGCGGUCCGUCCGGCAUCCGUACAGUCAUCAUGCGCCAGCAUGGGAUCAUCCUGCAGAUGGUGUAUCCUCAGGCCGACAGCAACCUCCGCGGCCUUGUGAUGGAGCAGCUGGUGGCGCUGAUCGACUGCUUCCUGGACAGUUACGUUUCCCAGCUGAAGUCGCUAGAGAAAUCCACAGACCAGGAAAGAUACAGCAGUCUGGAAGUGGAAUAUCUGCAGAAAAGAUCGGAACUCCUCUCUCCCCUUCUCACACUAGGCCAGUACCCAUGGGCAGCUUCUCUGGCAGAGAAGUACUGUGACUUUGAUAUCCUGGUACAGAUGUGUGAACAGACGGACAACCAGGCCCGACUCCAGCGCUACAUGACCCAGUUCGCUGACCAGAAUUUUUCAGACUUCCUCUUUCGUUGGUACCUGGAAAAAGGAAAGCGGGGCAAGUUAUUGUCUCAGCCCGUUUCUCAGCACGGACAGCUGGCCAGUUUCCUGCAAGCCCAUGAGCAUCUCAGCUGGUUACAUGAGAUUAACAGUCAGGAGCUAGAAAAGGCUCAUACGACACUGCUUGGUUUGGCAAAUAUGGAAACUCGUUACUUUGCAAAGAAAAAAACCCUUCUCGGCUUGAGUAAACUGGCUGCAUUAGCUUCAGACCUUUCAGAGGACACGCUGCAGGAGAAGAUUGAGGCAAUGGCUGAGCAAGAGCGCUUCCUGCUCCACCAGGAGACCCUGCCAGAGCAGCUGCUGACUGAGAGACAGCUGAGUCUUAGCGCGAUGCCUGUGUUGACUGCCCCGCAGCUCAUCAGUCUGUACAUAUGUGAGGAAAACAGAAGAGCCAAUGAAUAUGAUUUUAAGAAAGCCUUGGACUUGCUGGAAUAUAUUGAUGAGGAGGAAGAUGUGAGCAUCGAUGAGCUGAAGCUGGAGAUCCUAUGCAGAGCCCUGCAGAGAGACGACUGGUCUAGUUCAGACGGCAAAGAUGAUCCGAUCGAAGUCUCUAAAGACAGUGUGUUUGUGAAGAUCUUGCAGAAACUUAUAAAAGAUGGCAUCCAGCUCAGCGAAUACUUGCCAGAGGUGAAGGACCUACUUCAGGCAGAGCAGCUGGGAAACCUGAAGUCCAACCCUUACUUUGAGUUUGUUCUAAAAGCAAAUUAUGAAUAUUAUGUCCAGGGACAGAUGUGACAUUUGUAAAAAUGGUUGUUUCUAAAAUUUGUAUAAAUGUUUGCUUAUAAAAAUUUGAGUCUAAAAUAACUAGGUUUUAAUCAACUUGACGUUUAUAUAGUUUCAUCUGUGGCAGCAAGGUUUUUUCAUGCUUAUUUGGUAUAAUACAAAAUUGGGGCAUAACCCUAAUUUUCUUUCAGUUGUAAGGUAUUUUCUUCUCAUUUUCCACUUGAAGUCACCCUUGUUUCUGUGUGGCUGCCCUUUCUUCAGCCUUCCUUGGUCCAAGGAGGCAGGCAGUUUCUCUCUGGCCCUGUCUCCUGUGUACAGUAUACCUGUUCUGAGGAUUGGUUUUUCUUUUCUCUUUCUUUUUUUUUUUUUAAUUGAUUUUUAUUGAGCGCUACAUUUUUUUCUGCUCCCCUCCCUGCCUUUCCCCUCCCCUUCAACCCUCUCCCAAGGUCUCCAUGCUCCCAAUUUACUCAGGAGAUCUUGUCUUUUUCUACUUCCCAUGUAGAUUAGAUCUAUGUAUGUCUCUCUUUAGGGUCCUCAUUGUUGCCUAGGUUCUCUGGGAUUGUGAUUUGUAGGCUGGUUUUCUUGGCUUUGUGUUUUGAAAUCAUUUAUUAGUGAGUACAUGUGAUAAUGGUCUUUCUGGGUCUGGGCUACCUCACUCAAAAUAAUGUUUUCUAGCUCCAUCCGUUUGCCUGCUAAUUUCAAGCUGUCGUUAUUUUUUUCUGCUGUGUAGUACUCCAUUGCAUAAAUGUACCACAUUUUCCUUAUCCAUUUUUCAGUCGAGGGGCAUUUAGGUUGUUUCCAAGGUCUGUGUCAAAAAUCAGGUGUUCGAAAGGGUGUGGAUUAUAUAUCCGGGUCUUCCAUUCAGUUCCAUUGGUCCUCCUGUCUGUUUUUAUGCCAAUACCAGGCUGUUUUCAGUACUGUAGCUCUGUAGUAGAGUUUGAAGUCAGGGAUUGUGAUGCCUCCAUAAAUUCUUUUAUUGUAUAGGAUUGUUUUGGCUAUCCUGGGUUUUUUGCUUUUCAAUAUGAAGUUGAGUGCCGUUCUUUCGAGGUCUGUGAAGAAUUUUGCUGGGAUUUUGAUGGGCAUUGCAUUGAAUCUGUAGGUUGCUUUUGGUACAAUUGCCAUUUUUACUAUGUUGAUUCUGCCUACCACAAAGCAUCUUUGUGGAAGAUCUUUCCACUUUCUGGUGUCUUCUUCAAUUUCUUUCUUCAAAGAUUUAAAGUUCUUGUCAUACAAGUCUCCCACUUGUUUGGUUAGAGUUACUCCGAGAUAUUUUAUGCUAUUUGUAGCUAUUGUGAAGGGUGAUGUUUCUCUGAUUUCUUUUUUAGCCCAUUUAUCAUCUGUGUACAGGAGGGCCACUGAUUUUUUUUUUUUUUUUUUGGUUUUUCUAGACAGGGUUUCUCUGUAGCUUUGGUGCCUGUCCUGGAACUAGCUCUUGUAGACCAGGCUGGCCUCGAACUCCCAGAGAUCCGCCUGCCUCUGCCUCCUGAGUGCUGGGAUUAAAGGCGUGCACCACCACCGCCCGGCAUUGAUUUUUUUUUUUUUAAGUUAAUCUUGUAUCCUGCUACAUUGCUGAAAGUGUUUAUGAGCUGUAGAAGUUCCUUGGUAGAAUUUUUGGGGUCUCUUAUGUAAACUAUCAUAUCAUCAGCAAACAGUGAGAGUUUGACUUCUCCUUUUCUGAUAUGUACCCCCUUGAUCUCCUUUGAUGUCUUAUUGCUCUAGCUAGGAUCUCAAGAACUAUAUUGAAUAGAUAUGGAGAGAGUGGACAACCUUGUUUUUUCAGUGGGAUUGCUGUGAGUUUCUCUCCAUUUAACAUGUUGGCUGUUGGCUUGCUGUAUAUUGUCUUUAUUGUGCUUUGGUAUGUUCCUUGUAUCCCUGCUUUCUCUGAGACCUUUAUCGUGAAGGGAUGUUGUAUUUUGUUGAAAGCUUUUUCAGCAUCUAAUGAGAUGAUCAUGUGGUUUUUAUUUUUCAUUUUGUUUUUAUGAUGGAUUACAUUGACAGAUUUUUGUAUGUUGAAACAUCCCUGCAUCUGUGGGAUGAAGCCAAUUUGGUCAUGGUGGAUGAUGGUUCUGAUGUGUUCUUGGAUUCAAUUUGCCAGUGUUUUAUUUAGUAUUUUUGCAUCAAUGUUCAUGAGUGAGAUUGGUCUAUAUCUCUUUCUUAGUAAUGUCUUUCUGUGGUUUGGGUAUCAGGGUAAAUGUAGCCUCAUAAAAAGAGUGUGGCAAUGUUCCUUCUGUUUCUAUUGUGUGGAAUAAUUUGAGGAGUAUUGGUAUUAGUUCUUCUUUGAAAAUCUUGUAGAAUUUUGAGCUGAAACUAUCUGAUCCUGGGUCUUUUUUGGUUGGGAAACUUUUGAUGACUGUUUCUAUUUCUUCAGCAGUUAUAGGUCUAUUUAAUUUGCUUAUCUGGUCUUGAUUUAAUUUUGGUAAGUGAUAUUUAUCCAGAAAGUUGUACAUUUCCUUCAAGUUUUCCAAUUUUGAGUAUAUACAUAUAUACAGUUUCUACAUAUACAUGUGUGUUUUAUACAGUAUAUACAUAUAUAAAACAAACAUUUUUAAGUUGUUUUUAUUGAGCUAUGUAUUUUUCUCCACUCCCCUCUUUUCCUCUCCCCUUCUGCCCUCUCCCAUGGUCCCCAUGCUCUCAAUUUACUCAGGAGAUCUUAUCUUUUUCUACUUUCCAUGUAGAUUAGAUCCAUGUAUGUCUCUUUUAGGGUCCUCUUUGUUGGCUAGGUUCUCUGGGAUUGUAUAUUGUAGGCUGUUUUUUCUUUGCUUUAUGUCUAAAAGCCACUUAUGAGUGAGUAACAAGCUUCUUCUAAGAUAAGAUCUGGUAUGCGGCUCUGGCUGGCCUCAGACUCUCUCGUGCCACAGCCUCCCAGGUGCUGCACCGUUAGUCUUGGCCAGAACAUUUUUUUAAAGGCAUGUCACUUUUUCUUCAUGUGAAGAAAAUACACACAAGUAACUGUUUAACCAGAAAGCCUUGGGUUCCUGUUUCUAUGGGCCUGGUGUGCCGGACCACCUUUUGUUUCUUACAAGGUGUGGUGGGUACUUUGCACACAGUGACUCUGUUCUCAGCAAAGCCUUGCCAAAAGUUUUUCCUCGCCUGCUAGGUCUAGGUCCCUUGUACAGAUCCGCAUUUUGAUGUGCCGUGGCCUUAAUAAAAACAAGGGGUGUUUUACUCCAUAGGGGCCAGUUUCUGGGGCCAGCAUACGGUUCAGCCGGCAAGCACAGCAAACCUAGAAGCCUGAGCUCAGCCUCCAGAAUCUCCAUGAAGGUGGAAGGAGAAAACCAACUCUGCAGAACUAUCCUCUGACCUCUCGUGUGCACCUCCGUAGGGCUCUGGUUCUAGGCUGCAAGGGUAGAAGGGUAGAGCUUCCCUGGCUGCUGCCAUUGCAGUGUUGCCUGCCUGCUCUCUGUCCGUUUGCCUCUUGGUGUGAGACGGGAAGGGGCAAAGUGGAGAAAAGCGUGAACGUACAGCCCUGCCCAAAGCAUCUGGGAGGCCAGCAGGAAGAUGGUGAGUUUGAGUCUAGCCAGGAUUCCAGGGAGAGCCAUUGUGAGGCAAGGAAGGGGCGGUGCCGCUGAGGUCAGAGUGCAUCUGCCCCUGCGCUGCUGUGCUGGGUGUGGUGUGGUGGGUUUCCUGGAGUUUGCAGGCACUUGGUCAAGGUUGACUUUGGAUGUGCUGAUACCGUGCUGAGCAGAGAAAACUUUGUAGUGGGAUAAGUAAGUGAGCACUUGCUGGAAUCCGGGGCAGUACAUACAGCCCAGCCCCUCCGAUGUCCAGGAAUGGUAUCAGCACUUUUUUCCCUAUGCUCAGAGCCCAAAUAAACGACUCCCCAAAGCUGGA